CUCAGGUUUGUGGAGGUGUGGCAUGUGGUUGUCGUGGCUUUCAUGUCCGCGUGUAGACGGGCGUGUGAGCAGCUCAUGUUGACUAUCACAAAAAAAGGAAAUGGCUGGUCUUUGAUCAACUGAUGUUUAUCAAGGAGUAGUAGAGGCAGGAACAUUGCAUUACUUUAGACCAGUCCAGUUGAACAAGGCAAGUACUUCGUUGGUAAAGUUGGCUAAUAACUACUUUAGGUCAGUCCAGCAGAACAAGGCAAGUACUUCAUUGUUCAGUUAGGCUUGUCAUUACUUCAGGUCAGUCCAGUAGAACAAGGUAAAUACUCCGUUGGUAAGGUUGGCGGGUAAUUACUGGUGGCCAGUUCAGUAGAUCCAGGUAAGCCAUUGACCGGUCAGGUUGGCUGGUCCUUACUAUCGGCCAGUCCAGUGGAGCCGGUAGGUUCAAUUAUGGCAAGUUGACUGAUGAAAUCUCUCACUGAUGACGUCUUAAAACAAUAUGAUGGACUCUGUUAGAGAUGACAUUAUCUUUUUUUUCCUUUGCGUCUUCUCAUUCACUAAUGCAACAUUACCUCAACUUAAAGUUUAAUUCAGGAAGAUAAUCUCUGCGUUGUCUAAUUCCUUGUUUCAUCCCCACAAAAAAAGUUUUAAAAAAAACAACCUAAUAUAAAAACCAGAUUCAAAAUACAUGUAAUAAUGGCAAAUAGCUUGGCCGAACUUUAUCUAGCUGAUUAAAACAUUUUAUCAUGCUGUUCUCCAACAAUCUUAAUCCUUGAUUAUUUCUCCCUUGCUGUUUUCUUCGCCCAGGUAUGUGUUCUUCUCUUACAUCUUAAAAUUUCCAAAGGCGAUUUAAAAAAAAAAAUCCUGAAUUCAAAAAUUAAUUUAAAAAAUAAAUCAAUUUAUUUACAAUUUUCAGGGAUUUUACAUUCAGCAAUGCCAUCCCCAAGAAACUUGAUCCUUCUGUGCGCCGCCCUGGCAGUUUUCAUACCCACCAGCAGCGCCCAUAGACAUAAUCAUAACCACCAUCAGGACAGGCAUAACCACGAUUGGGCCGGUCAUAACCACCAUCAGGACUGGCAUAACCACGAUUGGGCCGGUCACAACCACCGUCAGGACUGGCAUAACCCCCAUCAGGACAGUUACAACAACCGCCCAUUCACCACGCCCCUGUACUGUGACGGUACCUCCGUCUACACGUGGAGCAGAACCCUCGCUGCGACGUCAACCUACCAGGCGUGUCCACAGACCUUGUGUUAUGAUUACUUCACCAGGAACAGCUGCUGCAUGACCGACUUCUUUGGAGGUGAGCUAAUCCCCAAACCUUUUGUCAGACGUGGACUCAAAGGUUAUGUGUUGAUAUCUCUUAUUUUGCUUCAGGUGUGUCCUGCUUCCUUUUCGAAACCACCCCCAUCCCCCGCCCCAGCUCCGCACGUUUUAUAUCAAUAGUACUGAGUGAAGAAGAGGCUGCCAUGCGUGACAUGCGAACUCAGGUAUAUACAAAAUAUUUUUUAAAAGAAGGCGGCUAUUAUUCGGUGUUGCUAUUGUUUGUUUUCAUCUGAAGCACCCAGCGAGCUUCAUGUGUGACGUCUGAACGCCUUUAAAUAGUUUGCUAUCGCCUUUAUACUGCGAGUGUGGUUUCCUUAGUAUUUCACUGUUUUAAAAUGAAUGACAGUAUCUUCUCUAUCGACCGGUUUUUGUACAGCGUCAUCUCUAUUCCGCGAUCCGGUAACCGCCUGUUCCUAUCGGUGGGUUAUUUUUUUGACACAAACGGUUGACGAAGGCAAUGCGCUUCCACUACGACAUGGAGCAGUCGAUUUCGUUGAAUUUUAUAGAAAAUGACAAAUUAACGCUUUUUUUUUGUUGUGGUGAAAGAGGGGGGUGGGGGGUGUCGGGAUAAAAUUUUCUCAAAACUCCAGGAACCGUUGUAAAAAAACCCACCUGGUUAACCCCUAGUAUGAAUUAAUCGUCCUGUAGAUAUUUCAUUACAUUCUACUGGUCAUUGUGUACAUUUGAAAGGGGAGAUGUUCUUUCAUUACAUUUAUUUUGUACCAGGGAAGGUUGUCCUCUUACUGUACUGCAUACAUUUGUACCAGAGUUCAGUAUUGUUUAAAUAGCUUUUAAUAUAUUCAAGUAGGUAAGUAGGACGAAAUCCAAAAGGCCUGGGAUUAUCCUUUAAGGAUUCUGCGCUGGUUCCCAACAGCAAAUAGCCUCUCUCCGCGCCGCUGGAUAGCCCAAGGGAACAUCAUUUGGAUGAUAGAGCUUGGCACCAGUGGCGUCGCAGGAGUUGUCGGAAUGUUUCAUUAUUCCAAUGUUAUCCGCUUACGGGACUACUAGGGAGUUUGAAUUCAGAGUUUCCUUCUCUUAGAUGAUUUGCCAUCCAGGGUUACGCGUCCCAUCCACCCGGGGUGCUGGGGAUGUUUUUUUGCUUGACUGGGCUCUGGCUGGAAUUGAACUCCAGACCACCAACUUGAGAUAAUAAUUGAUAAUAAUUGGUUAGUAUUUUUUUCUAUAUUUAUCAAUUGUACGGCAAAACACGGGAAGUUUAACUGCGUGCACAACGAUGGUCAUCAUAAUAGCAAUGGCACAAACAUUAUAUUAGCAGUGUUUGUUUCCAAAUGUUUUCAUAUUUUGACGUCAUUGCUGGUUCCAUUAGGUUUGUUAAAUCUGACAAGCACUACGCGAUAUGGCGAUAACAUAUUUUGUUUUAUAAAAUCACAGUAAAUUAAAACACGCAUUUAAUUUUAAGAUCUCAAAAUGCCAAGUGCAGAGGCUUCUGUCAACAAUCAUAACUAAUUGAGUUACUGGUUUGCACAAGGUCCCCUAGAAGUCCAGUCGCGGGAAUCAGAAAAAGCCUAAAUGAGCAGUGGCAAAAAAAUAAAUAAAAAAUUCAACCUUGAGUGCAUUGGCCAACAAUUACGGAACAGCUCCAAACUCCUGACACAAAGAUUUGAAAGUAAAAAUUAUACAUUUUCAAAAUAUUGUGCGGUGCGUUUUGGAAAAAAAGCUGUGGCCUACCAUUGGCAUAGCACCAAAUGGCGUGGGGAAAACAUUGUGAUUAGAUGCUGCGUCCAACAAGUCACAUGCGCCCCUGCCGUUGGCAUCGCACCAAACGGCGUGGGGGAAACAUUGUGAUUAGAUGCUGCGUCCAACAAGUCACAUGCGCCCCUGCCGUUGGCAUCGCACCAAACGGCGUGGGGGAAACAUUGUGAUUAGAUGCUGCGUCCAACAAGGCGCAUGCGCCAUUGCCGUUGGCAUAGCACCAAACGGCGUGGGGGAAACAUUGUGAUUAGAUGUUGCGUCCAACAAGGCGCAUGCGCCAUUGCCGUUGGCAUAGCACCAAACGGCGUGGGGGAAACAUUGUGAUUAGAUGCUGCGUCCAACAAGGCGCAUGCGCCAUUGCCGUUGGCAUAGCACCAAACGGCGUGGGGGAAACAUUGUGAUUAGAUGCUGCGUCCAACAAGUCGCAUGCGCCAUUGCCGUUGGCAUAGCACCAAACGGCGUGGGGGAAACAUUGUGAUUAGAUGUUGCGUCCAACAAGUCGCAUGCGCCAUUGCCGUUGGCAUAGCACCAAACGGCGUGGGGGAAACAUUGUGAUUAGAUGCUGCGUCCAACAAGUCGCAUGCGCCGUUAGAAUCACAAAAUCCAUAUGCUAUUUAUUGAUUGGCUUGACACAAAUACGUAAUUCUGUUGUUUUAUUCCCCCUCGGAGAGUGGCACACUACUACCAUGGUGCAGUAUUUAAUGCACUCCUAUCACUUUCUCUUUAACUGGGUGGGGGUGGGGGUGGGGUGGGGGCUUAAUUGAGGACAUUUUUAAUCGUUCCAAAGGACAUUGAACCGUCGCUGAUUCGUCAAGUGGAUACGUAAUUGGAGUAGAUAUAGAAAUAUAAUGGAAGGAACCUUAUGUAUAUAUUUAUAUAUAUAUACACAUACAUAGAUAUAUAUAAUGUCAUUGUAUAUGAGAUACCUUCUAUUCUUACAUAAAAUGUCCAGUCGUGGUCAUUGGCGGACGGACGAAAAGAUUAAUCGGAGUAGACCAGAAAACGCUGAGGGUAACAUCCUGACGUUUCUUGCCAUUGUAUCUGCAAAUGGCUUAAGUUAUGGGUUAAGUUUGUGCAACAUUAAGCAUCAAAGGGAGUGUAUAACAUAGAAAUGAGUUUAUACUAUUAAAAAAAAAAAUUGCCUCCCUUGAUAUUUCAAAAGUUGCAAAAAGUGCAGUUUAAGACCACAAAAUAGAAAAAAUAAAUACAUUUUAAAAAAUGUAAAAUGGUUCAUUGAACUAAAGACAGGGUGCACAUGAUUCUGAUAUCAAACCUUUAAAAAAAAAAAAAAAAUUAAAAAUUGACGUAAUUCAUACAAAUUAACAAACAACGGGAUAUUUUUUCUUUUAAUCUAAUUAAAUAAAUAUAAUUUAAGGUCAAGUAAAGUUAACGCACACGGAAAUCUUUUGAAACUUUAUACAUAAACUUUGUAUUUAAAAAAAAAAAUUGCCUCCCUUGAAAUUUCAAAAGUUGCAAAAAGUGAAGUUUAAGACCACAAAAUAGAAAAAAUAAAUACAUUUUAAAAAAUGUAAAAUGGUUCAUUGAAAUAAAGACAGGGUGCACAUGAUUCUGAUAUCAAACCUUUAAAAAAAAAAAAAAAAAUUAAAAAUUGACGUAAUUCAUACAAAUUAGCCAACGACGGGAUAUUUUUUCUUUUAAUCUAAUUACAUAAAUAUAAUUUAAGGUCAAGGAAAGUUCACGCACAAGGAAAUCUUGUGAAACGUUAUACAUAACAUUUGUAUUUUAGGUCAGUAGUUUCCCAUUUUUUUUUUUUCGGUCAGUCGAACAGCUUCCAAGUCUGUGUUUUCCUGAAACCUAUCAACCUUCUAACGUUUUCUCCUGCCAUCAAUCUAUUAUCAUUCUAAAAAAUCUCAUACUCUCCCACAUUUCUUCAUUCUACAAAACUCUCAAAACCAUCAAUCUACCUUUAUGUCACGUAACCCCUUUAACCUUUUAAUGCCGUAUUUGCUCACCAGCUGACGGACUCCGCUACCAACAAUGUCGCUGUGGCACCGCGGUCCUGUGUCCGCCACAGAACGAAAACACGCCUCCCACAACAGCGGCAACUACAACUCCAACAUCCACCGCAACAACAACUGCGCCUGCCACCCCAUGAUAAGCAUCCUGUUUACGUCUGGACACCAGAUGAAGUGAACACUGGAGCACUAGAUGGAGUGAACACUGGAGCACCAGAUGAAGAGAGCACCGGAGCACUUAACUCAAAUAUUCUAAACAGAAAACUCUUUUAAUAAAACACGAGUCUGCCAAAUCC